AUGUCCGUUUUGGCAAGCCCACCACCUCCAAGUUCUAACAUCUGCAUUGAACAACGCCCUCUGUUUAUGACACUGUCAAUUUACCGGCUAGAGGAUUUAAGAAAGCACACAGUUCAGAAAGGUCAGGAGCUCUUCGGUUUGGAAUCUGCUGACGAGUUUACCAGGAUGACUUGCAUGUGA